ACCCAGCAAAACCCAUCAAUCGUCAUCCGUGAAAAUGCUUCUGCAGCGUUCAAUUUCAGCGCUAAAUACUUGCAGAAUUUCAUUACAUUCGCCGAGGAUUUUCUCAUUUUCGGCGACCAACCUAUCUUUACUAUCACUCCCACCGCCCUAUUUUUCCAGUCUCAGCAAUUAUCGCCAGCUCAAGUCCCAUAAACUCCGGGGCUUCGCCACAAACGCCGCCGACGAAAACGGGAGCGCCGCUGACACGUUUUUGGCAGAGGAAGGCGUUUCCUGGACUUCUCUUGGCGUCUCCGAUUCCAUCUCACGCGCUCUCGCUAAUGUUGGGCUCCCUAGACCGUCUUUAGUCCAGGCGGCCUGUGUUCCAGCCAUUCUCUCUGGAGAUGAUGUGGUUGUUGCAGCAGAGACAGGGAGUGGUAAAACUCAUGGCUACUUAGUUCCUAUAAUUCAUAAAGUAUACAGCAACUUGGAUGCAUUGCAUGAUCCGAAACUGAAGAAGCAUCAACAUGUUUCUCUUGUUCUAUGCCCAAAUGUAAUGCUUUGUGAGCAAGUGGUUCGCAUGGCGAAUUCCCUCCUUGAUGGUGCAGGAGAGCCACUUCUCAAAGCGGCAGCCGUUUGUGGCCGUCAGGGGUUGAUAGUUAAAGAUCCUGAUAUAAUAGUCUCGACGCCAGUAGCACUUCUAAACUAUCUUUAUGCCAUCGACCCAGAAAGGUGUAAACGUACUGAUUUUAUACGAGGCGUAAAAUAUGUGGUAUUUGAUGAAGCAGACUUGCUGCUCUGUGGGAGUUUCCAGAACCAAGUGAUUCGUCUCAUAAAUAUGCUUCGUUUUGAUGAAAAGCAGUUAUCUAGAUUCAAAGAUGUUGAUGCCGGAUCUCAGGAUCCUUUGUCUGUUUCCGCGGAUGCUUCUGAUACAGAAGAAGAAGAUUUUCCGGAAGAUUUUGACUUGGAGGAAGCUGAAGAUGGUGAUGAGAAAUCUAUUGACGAGCCUAACAUCGAGCCCAGGAAAAGAACCUGGAAAGACUGGAUGAGAGUGAGGAAAAUAUAUGCACGGAGUAAGCAAUACAUUUUUGUUGCAGCCACCCUUCCUCUGAAUGGAAAGAGAACCGCUGGAGGAACGUUGAAGCGGAUGUUUCCAGAGGCAAACUGGGUUAAUGGGAGUUAUCUCCAUCACCAUAAUCCAAGGUUGGAGCAAAAGUGGAUUGAAGUGAACGUAGAUACACAGGUAGAUGUGCUGAUAAAUGCUGUAAAAAAUGGAUAUAAAACCAAUACAGAUUCGGCCUCUGGAGUAGUUUGGACCAUGGUGUUUGCCAACACUGUUGAAGCUGCUGAAGCUGUUGCUAACAUUUUGGUGGGAGCUGGAAUUAGGUGUGUACGGUAUCAUAGAGAUAUCUCUCUGGAGGAGAGGACAGAGAAUCUGGUUGAUUUCCAGCAGAAUGGUGGUGUUUUUGUAUGCACUGAUGCUGCUGCUCGUGGACUUGACGUACCUAAUGUUUCACAUGUUAUUCAGGCGGAGUUUGCUAGUUCUGCUGUAGACUUUUUGCACAGAGUUGGAAGAACAGCCAGAGCUGGUCAGCCUGGCCUUGUCACAAGUCUUUAUACAGAAUCAAAUCGGGAGCUUGUUGCUUCAGUUCGUCAGGCUGAGAAACUUAGUAUGCCUGUGGAGAAGGCAUUUAGUCGAAAGAGAAGCUUCCGGAAAAAGCUCAAGAAGAGAGGUUUAGGUCAGCGAGAUGGCGCAUCAUCAGCGUCGCGGCCAAUCCCAGCGUAGGCUACUUGGUGUCUAGAGCAGCUGUAUAAAGCCCUUGACGUCUUGAAAAGAUUGUAAAGCUAUCCCUCCCCAGGGUUAUCGAGAGCCCUGAGUCUAAAAAAUGGGCACGAUCUCACCAUAUGAAGGCUGUGCUUGCAGUUGCCCCCUCUACUUCAGUGUGUUCAGUUCUCUCUUUCAUUCAUGUGAAAGAGGGAAAGGCCAUCGUGGUGGAUCAUAACUAGCAAGUUCAUAUUCUUUUUUUCUCACUGUUGUGUAUGAAUUAUGAUAGCAUUACAAUAUGGGCUUGUUGGAAAAGUGACAACAAAUUUGAAAGUAACUUUUGAUUCCAUUUAAACA